AUGGCGGUCGAAGAAAUGCAGCUCUCGAAUGGUGUGAUGACUACCGGCCAUAUGGGAGGCAUGCAAGGCGCAGCUAUGGGUCUGGGCCCACAACGAAUGAGUUUCGCCAUUCAUGAAAUUCUCGGUCUACAAGGCAAUGCCUAUUUAUCCCACGGUUACUGUCCUCAAGGAUUUUUCCCCCAACAGAAUUUCGCUGUCGAUAUUGGCUCUUGCGCAUCGUUUGACAGACCACUUUGUGGAUCAGAUCAGCUGGUUGCGGGAACACAUACAGGUACACAUAACAGUUACAAUAUGUCGUUAUCAGCCUCCCAUACGAUGCCCUCGGACGAAGGAGGGAACCAUCAAGGAUCUGGAGGGAAAAGCAAGCGCAAGAAACGACGACAUAGGACGAUUUUCACACAAUACCAGAUCGACGAGUUGGAGAAAGCUUUCCAGGAAGCCCACUAUCCAGACGUUUACGCUCGAGAAAUGCUGGCCGCAAAAACGGAUCUACCAGAAGACAGAAUACAGGUGUGGUUUCAAAACCGACGAGCAAAAUGGCGAAAAACCGAGAAAACUUGGGGAAAGAGCACGAUUAUGGCAGAAUACGGUUUGUACGGCGCAAUGGUGCGACAUUCGCUUCCAUUACCGGAUACAAUUACGAAAACGGCUGAGACAUCGGAUCCUCAACACAGCGCCGCGCCGUGGUUACUCGGUAGGAUUUAUUUUGAGUUUUAA